CCCCCUGCUAAGUGCGCCGACGGCCCACACAUCCCCUCUUCCUCCUCUUCAGCUUCGGCUCAAUCCGACAAAUUCGGCAAGCCGAAACAAAGCUCUUUGAUGGCGCCAUUGCCCACUCACUUCCUCUUCUUCCUCUUCCUCUUCACUUCCCCAGCACUGUCCACUCCUUCUCACACCCACCGACUCCAAUCUGAGCCCUCCGAUGAAGCAUUCACCUCCGUCCUCAUCUCCCAGAACGGCCUUGACUUCCUCAAGGACUUGCUCGUCACCAAGGCCAUCUCCUCCAUUAUCCCGCUACAGCUUCCCCAAAUCGAGAAGACCGUCAAAAUCCCAUUCGUGGGCAAUGUCCGAAUGGUCUUGUCCAAUGUCACAAUCUACGAAAUUGGGGUCCCCACCUCGUAUGUUCGUCCUGGCGACGCCGGUGUUACCAUAAUCGCCUCGGAGACUACCUGCAAUUUGAGCAUGAACUGGUACUAUUCCUACAGCACUUGGCUCGUUCCCAUCGAGGUAACUGAUAAGGGGCGGGCUUCUGUUAAGGUUGAAGGCAUGGAAGUGGGGCUUACCCUGGGCUUGGAAAACGAUGGAGGAACCCUCAAGCUUUCUCUUUUGGAAUGUGGGUGUCACGUUCGUGAUAUAUUGAUAAAAUUAGACGGAGGAGCUUCUUGGCUGUAUCAAGGAAUGGUUGAUGCAUUUAAAGAGCAAAUUAGCUCGGCAGUGGAAAAGGCUAUUCCCAAGAAACUGGAAGAAGGAACGUUAAAGCUUGAUUCUGUUCUCCGAGAUCUUCCAAAAGAAGUUCCCGUGGAUGAUAAUGCUUCCGUGAACGUGACUUUUGUGAAUGGUCCUCUCUUGACCAAUUCUUCAAUAGGUUUUGGGAUUAACGGGUUGUUCACUGCAAAAGAGAAAGCUCUGGUCCCGAGGAAUAGUUGGAAUUUUCAACUACCAGUUCUCUGCCGGGAUCCUGCCAAAAUGCUGGGAAUUUCAUUAGAUGAGGCCGUUUUCAAAUCUGCAGCAGCAUUGUAUUAUGAUGCAAAGUUUAUGCAGUGGAUAGUGGACAAAAUACCUGAUCAAUCCCUCCUAAAUACUGCAGGGUGGAGAUUUAUAAUUCCUCAGUUGUACAAGAAAUACCCAAAUCAUGACAUGAACAUGAAUAUAUCACUCUCUGCCCCUCCAGAUAUAAGAAUCUCAGAUAACAAUAUCGGUGCCACCGUUUAUGCAGACCUUAUAAUAGAUGUUCUCGAAGCAGAAGAAGUAAUCCCAGUUGCAUGCAUCUCACUGGUGAUACGUGGUUCGGGUUCCGUUAGAAUUGUACAGAACAACCUUGCUGGCAGUGUGAAGUUGAGUGACUUUUCGAUGUCAUUGAAGUGGAGUAAUAUUGGCAAUUUGCGGAUUUAUCUAGUUCAGCCCGUGAUAUGGACAGCCAUCGAGACCGUCUUUGUUCCCUACGCAAACUCACACCUAGCAAAAGGAUUUCCCUUGCCAAUAGUUCAUGGGUUCACUCUUCAGGAUGCCGAGAUCAUCUUGACGAACUCAAGAAUCACAGUAUGUGGUGAUGUAUCGUAUGCAGAGGAAGACAUGCUAAGACAUUCAUUACUUUUUGAUGCAUUCUAAGGUUCAGGACAUAGAAGGAUAAUGGCGCUGUUUCUUUGGUUGCACCAUUUGUACAGUGUUGUAUCAUAUUGUAUAAUAAUGUGCUUGUGUACCAUUUAAAAGAAACUGGAUCAGCCGAGCCCAAACACGAGGCUGAAGAUAUUUCAGCAUACAUGCUAGAAUCUUUUGUGGAUUUUAAAAA